UUUAAAGCUCCAACGUGUGGAUCGUGUUGCUGGCCCCUCUGUGUGUUUGCUAACUGUAAAAAAGCUCUCGAUACUCACCACGCUGCGGCGCCCAACUGCAGAUCAGCACUAACAACAAAGAGUCGACGUCAACGUCGACGUCAACAUCGCCGCUCUGCCCGCCGCGUGUAAUAAAAGAAGCAAAUUUGAGUUGGUUUUGGGCCUUUGGCGUCAGCUUCGAGAAAUUGUGCGCGACAACGUUGCAAACAGUGUAAAUGGAGCUUUGAUAGCGAACGGAAGGACAAACCUGCUGCUGCUGCUAUUUCUGCUCUUGCUGAUCUCAACUCGAGUGUUUUUUAACCUAGUGUUUUUCAAUAAUCAGAUAAAUACUGAAUACAAAUAAUUGAAACUGUGCGUGUAUAAUUAUAUCUCUAGACAUCGUACAAAAUGGCAAAACUUUUUGUAGUUUUUGCCGUUUUGGCUUUGGCGGCCAUUGGUGCAGCUAAUGCCGCUGAAGAACGUGUUAAGCGACAGGCAACCACCGAGGAGCCCAAGAAGGAGGAGUCUUUUGAGAAGGAGCUGUGCAAAGACAAAGAUGCCGGCGAGUGGUUCCGUUUGGUAGCCGGCGAAGGCGACAACUGUCGCGAUGUCAUUCAGUGCACCUCAUCGGGUCUGCAAGCCAUUCGUUGUCCGGCCGGUUUGUACUUCGAUAUUGAGAAGCAGACCUGUGACUGGAAAGAGUCCGUAAAGAACUGCAAGAGCAAGAACAAGGAACGUCGUGUGAAGCCUCUGCUCCACACGGAUGAGCCUCUGUGUCAGGAUGGUUUCCUGGCCUGCGGUGAUGGCAACUGCAUUGAGCGCGGUCUCUUCUGUAACGGCGAGAAGGAUUGCUCAGAUGGCUCUGAUGAAAAUACUUGCGACAUCGAUAAUGAUCCAAAUCGUGCCCCACCCUGUGAUCCCGUUGUGUGCGUGUUGCCCGAUUGCUUCUGCUCGGAAGACGGUACUUCGAUUCCCGGAGAUCUGCCCGCCAAGGAUGUGCCCAUGAUGAUCACGAUCACUUUCGAUGAUGCCAUCAACAACAAUAAUAUUGAGCUGUACAAGGAGAUGUUCAAGGGUCGCAAGAACCCCAAUGGCUGCGACAUCAAGGCCACCUAUUUCGUAUCCCACAAGUAUUCCAACUAUUCAGCGAUACAGGAGACUUCACGCAAGGGACACGAGAUUGCUGUCCACUCGAUCACUCACAACGACGAGGAGCGUUUCUGGUCGAAUGCGACGGUUGAUGACUGGGCCAAGGAAAUGGCCGGCAUGAGGAUUAUCAUUGAGAAGUAUGCCAAUAUAACGGACAACUCGGUUGUGGGUGUGCGUGCUCCCUAUCUGCGUGUGGGAGGCAACAAUCAGUUCACCAUGAUGGAGGAGCAGGCUUUCCUUUAUGAUUCCACCAUCACGGCUCCCCUGUCGAAUCCCCCAUUGUGGCCCUACACCAUGUACUUCCGUAUGCCACAUCGUUGCCACGGCAACCUGCAGAGCUGCCCCACGAGAUCGCAUGCCGUGUGGGAGAUGGUCAUGAAUGAGUUGGAUCGUCGUGAGGAUCCAGUCAACGAUGAGUAUCUGCCUGGCUGUGCUAUGGUCGAUUCCUGCUCGAACAUCCUGACUGGUGAUCAGUUCUACAAUUUCCUCAAUCACAAUUUCGAUCGCCAUUACGAUCAGAAUCGUGCACCUUUGGGACUGUACUUCCACGCCGCUUGGUUGAAGAACAAUCCCGAGUUCCUCGACGCCUUCCUCUACUGGAUCGAUGAGAUCUUGGCCAAUCACAAUGAUGUGUACUUUGUGACCAUGACACAGGUGAUACAGUGGAUGCAAAAUCCACGCACCAUCAGCGAGGUCAAGAACUUCGAGCCCUGGAGGGAGAAGUGCGUCGUUGAGGGUAAGCCAGCCUGCUGGGUGCCCAAUGCCUGCAAGCUCACUUCCAAGGAGGUUCCCGGGGAGACCAUCAAUCUGCAGACCUGCGUCCGAUGCCCCAACAACUACCCAUGGGUCAAUGAUCCCACUGGCGAUGGUUUCUUCUAAGUCAGCCUGAGUUAAAGCAGGACAUCGAGAGAGUGAGAGAGUGAGAGAGAGAGAGAGAGAGCGUUAGCAUCCAAGCAGCCCUAAUCCAAAUUCCUACAGCCACCUAAAGUACCCAACUCUUAUUAUUGUUUCAAUUAAAUCAAGACUUUUUACAUUAUACUUUUAUUUUUGACUGCGCCGCGUUUUAAAACGCAACAAAAACGCGCCUGGCUAAGUCUCUGCUGUGUUACGUUAUUAAAAAACCAAUUAAAACAAAAAAAAAAAAACAAAACAAAACAGUUACAACAAAAUUUACAAGAAA